AUGUCGGCCAAUCUGCGAGCGCAGCACGAUGCGCUGCUCAAGUCCUUUUCCAGCUCGGCAGACCUCACGACGAUCCGCAGCCAACUCACCAAGCUCAAGAUCGCCCUCACAGAGGCCGGUCUCCUCGUCCCCUCACCCGAAGCAAAGCCACAGGACCUUGCCCUCGCGCGCGACGUCCUCGAGGUAGGCGCCUUUUGCAGCAUCCGCGCAAAGGACGUCGAGAGCUUUGACCGGUACAUGAACCUCUUGCGCGCCUUCUACAACGACUAUGCGUCCGUGCUGCCCGCCUCGCAAAACCACCAGCCCCUGCUCGGCCUCUCGCUCCUCCGCCUGCUCUCGUCCAACGAGAUUGCCUCGUUCCACACCGCCCUCGAGACGCUGCCGCCGGACCUGGUCCGCGACAGCCCUUACCUUCAGCACCCCGUCAACCUCGAGCGCUGGCUCAUGGAGGGCUCCUACUCCAAGGUGUGGAGGGCGAGACAGCAGGCGCCGCGCGAAGAGUACAGCUUCUUUGUCGACCGCCUCAUGGGCACCAUUCGACACGAGAUCGCAUCGUGCGAGGAAAAGGCCUACGACAGCCUACCUCUCAGCGACGCCGCGACGCUCCUCUUCUUUGACAACCUCCAGGAAGUCCUCAGCUUCGCCAAUGAGCGAGGAUGGCAGGUCAACCCUUCCACCCAGGUCGUCCACUUUUCCAACGCCUCGUCGGCCAGCACCCACACGAUUCCCAAAAAGGCCACCAUCUCGACCAACCUCCAGUUUGCAAAGGAGCUCGAGAGCAUCGUCUAG